CACCCUUCCUUCACUUCGUGCUGGCGCCAGUGCUACUGUCUUUCUUUCAUCAGUCAAGCAUCAUUCCUUUGGCUUGCCUGCUCGCUGACUUUCACUUCUCUGUUGCUCACUGUAUCUACGUUCUCUUCUUACAACUGCGAGCAAGCUGUGUUUGCUGGCCUUCCGCGAAGUUGACCCUCGCUUUUCUCGCUCUUUGACCACUCUGUUCGCCUGGCGCAGCAUCGACAGAAAGGAACACCGACGCCCUGGGGAACACGUCUCAACAUCACCAAGAUGAAGGCCGCCACUCUCACCCUCGGCCUCUUCGCCGUCCUCACAUCUGCCUUUUCGCACCCGCGCUAUCUGCGGCAUAGGCGUGACAACACAACAUCCACAGCCCUCGUCCCUGACAAUGCCGGUGCUGCCUUGCAGUCCACCGGAUCGAUCCCGUUAUCCACUGGGGUCUCGUCUGCCGCGGCGGCGACUGUCGUCACCAGCGCUGCCCCGUUCCCAACCAACGCUACCGCGGCCGGCAUUACCACUCUGACCGUGUCUACAACCUCGGUGCGCACCAUCAUCUCUUGUGCCCCUGAAGUGACCAACUGCCCUGCAAGGAGUCAGGACGUCACCAAGCUGCCCAGCGAGGCUCUCUCCACCGUCCUGGUCACCGACACCAUCGUCUUGACCACGGUCGUUUGCCCCGUCACUGCCGCGCCGUCCAUCUCGUCUAGCGUCCUGUCGGACGCCUCCAAGGGUAUCAUCACCGGCAGCACCCUGACCCAGCCUCCGGCGAGCGCCGCUACGACCGCCACCGCUGCUGCCCAGGUCGGCGUCUCGACCUCGACCGAGACCAAGGUUGCCACCAUGACCAUCACCAAGGUUGUUACCAUGACUCUCCGUGGCGGUAACGGCAAGGGUGGCGGCCAGGUCAUCACUACCACGAUCGAGUCCACUGUCAAGUCCACCACUGUCCAGGUUGUCACCAACACUCUGUCCGAGAGCGGCGUUGCGGCGGUCUCGACCAACGUGGCGGGCGGGCAGGACACGACGACCACCAAGACCGUGACCUCGACUGGCACGCGCACCGUCACCAUGCACAGAGCCACGGCCACCGGUGUGGCGGCCGGCGCUGGCAGCAACAGCGGUAGCGGUAGCGGCAGCGGUAGCGGUAGCGGCAGCGGUAGCAACAGCGGCAGCGGCAGCAGCGGCAACAGCAGCAGCGGCAGCGGCAACGGCAACGACAACGGCAACAGCAGCGGCAGCGGCAGCAGCAGCGGUAGCAACAGUGGCAGCGGUAACGGCAGCGGCAACGGCGUCUGCGACUGCUCCGCCAGCGCCGUGACCGUCACGGUGACGGAGCCGGCCUCGACCGUCUACGUGACCGUGACGGGCGCGAACGCCGCCGCCGCCACCACCACCACCCAGACCGCCGCCGCCGCCUCUUCCGCCGCGUCCACGAGCGCCAGCAACCAGACCAGCAUCGUCGUGGGCAACACGAACAGCGCCAGCACCGGCGACGACACCGGCAGCGACACCGGCAGCAACACCGGUGACAGCGCCAGCGGCGAGGAGGCCUGCUCGACCGAGACGAUCGUGACCGUCACCUCCACCUCCACCGCCGCCACCGCCGCCACUGCUACUGCAGCCGCUACGUCCGUCGCUAGCGAUGCCUCUUCGCAGGACGCUGCCGCCACCACCACCGCCGGUGCCACCGCGACCGGCACCAGCGCCGCCGCGGGCGAGUCGGACGACGCCUGCCCGCCGGACGAGGUCGUCACCGUGACUGGGACGUCUUCUGCCUCGGCCACGGCCGCGGCGACGUCAGCGGCUGCGUCGUCGUAAGUGGGAUUGAUUGAUUAGAUGGUAGAUGGUGGAGCCUGUUGUCGCCAUCAGUGCCCUGUUGUCCUUGGGCGUGAUGGGGACGAGAGAGAGAGAGCAUGUACCUGAGUUCUUUCUGUGACUGUGAAGGUGUCAAGGGAAUAAGGGUGUAGGGGAAAGAGACAAACAGAAACCACAAACAGCAGACUAGAUUAGAGCACGGUUCUCUGAUCGGGUCGCGACUUCAAUUCAUGUAUACUUCUUUUUCUGGGUACCUUAGGGUAGGGAAACACUGGCGCAUCAUUGAUUGCUCUUGGAAAACGCGCUAUGUAC